AUGGCUGUGCUCUUGUUGAGACAUAUUGGCUGUCAUUGCCUCUGUGCCCACCUUGGUCCUCAGCUCUGUAUCAGAAACUGGUCUCUUCCCAUGGUGAUGUCCAUUUGCCACCAUGACACUGGUAUUGCCUUGAGUGCAGGGGUUGGGAUCAGGAAAGGGCCUGACAGUUCCCCAGCUAUACCAGUCAGGAGUGCUUGUCUUGGUUCUUACUGUGUUGUCCUCUGUAGGGCUGGCAGCCCUGUGAAGAGCCGAAGUUCCCAGCAUCAUCUUCCUACAAAUUAUUACACUGACCUGUCUUCCUGCUUGUCACUCCUGUCUUCAGCCAGGGCAAAGUUCUCCUGAUUUGUUUAGACCCUUUUGUGCUUGCAGAUCCCCUUGGA